UUUAAGCUCUCGGAGAUGCAAAUUCUAUUUCCCGGGGUUUCCAUUCCGCUGAUUUUAUCUCUUCCAGCUACGGUGCUUUCACUGACUAGAGAAGACCAGCUCAAGGUUAGGGUGAAUACUGUACUGGGAUCUACAGCGCCGCCUCUAUCAGUAAAACUCACGCAAGCUUUCAGUUCUGGUUCGAAGGAUGCUUCUAUAAUCGAGAGCCAGGAACUCAAGUUUGAUCAAGAAAAUGAUGUCCAUUUCUUGGAUGCAUGGCCAAAGAGUGUUGACGUAGGCAAUUAUGUUUUUGUAUUUGAGAUUGUGCUACAAGAUUCGGAGCAUAAGAAAAUUUAUGCCACUGGAGGCCGAACAAAAGUACCAAUAUAUGUCACUGGAGUUAUUAAAGUUGACAACGCCGAAAUUGCAGUACUGGACAGUGAUAUUGGGAGCAUAGAAUCUCAGAAGAAGCUAGAUUUAGCUGGAGAGACUGCUCUUUCAUUAUCAGCAAACCAUCUACAAAAGCUGCGUUUAUCAUUUCAAUUGACCACUCCACUUGGGCAUCCAUUUAAACCACAUCAGGCAUUUCUCAAGUUGAGACAUGAGACCAAAGUGGAGCACAUCUUUGUCUUGGGGAACUCUGGUAAACAGUUUGAGAUCACACUAGAUUUUCUCGGACUGGUUGAGAAGUUUUUCUAUCUCUCUGGUAGAUAUGAUAUUCAACUUACUGUUGGUGAUGCUGUCAUGGAGAACUCUUACUUACGAGAACUGGGACAUAUUGAAUUAGAUCUUCCAGAACCACCUGAGAAGGCUACCCGCCCUCCUCCACAAGCUGUUGAUCCUUAUUUGACAUAUGGACCCAAAGCUGAGAUAACUCAUAUCUUCAGGUCUCCAGAAAAGCGUCCACCUCAGGAGCUCUCUCUUGCCUUUUUGGCCCUUGUUUUCUUGCCAUUCCUUGGAUUCUUGGUUGGGCUAUUGUGUCUCGGCAUGAACCUGAAGAACUUCCCUACAGCAACAGUAUCUGCCACAUUUGCCAUUUUGUUCCAUCUUGGCAUUGCGGCAGUUGUCUCACUCUAUGUGCUUUUCUGGUUAAAGUUGGAUCUAUUCACAACGUUAAAAGCACUUAGUUUCUUGGGGAUCUUCUUGAUGUUUGUUGGACACAAGACCCUUUCUCACCUUGCCUCAACAUCAGCCAAGUUGAAAUCUGCCUGAUGAAAUGAGAGUAUGUGCUUGCAAGGACGACAUUCAGUGAAGUUUGGUUGGCCAUCUUAGUUCAGUUUUGUUGUAGGAUGCUAACUUGUUCAGUGAAGUUUAGCACACAAUCACAUUGAAUGAAAACUCACAUCCACUUGGUUUUUUACUUUCUAUCAAUGAUGAGGGCUAACCAUCCUUACGGGUUUUUAGAGAAUAGCACCAAGGAUAGUGGCCUAUAACGAACCUAUUUUAUUUACUUUGGUGACUUGUUGAAUCUUGUUUCUCAGGAGUUGCUUGAAUUUGUUGCUUGAGAAAUUUUGCCUAUGAAUUUAUUUAGGAACCUUAUGUUAAAAGAACGAUAAAUGAUUGAAUAGCAGCACAUGUAGAGUUAAUAAGAUUGUAGUGCUGGUGUGUAGUUACUUUGAGCAAUUUGACUAUGCUUUUUGCUUCACCAAGAAGACCCACUUAAUUAUUUUAAUGAUCAUGGCUUUAUAGGACACUUUUUA